AUUUAUUUUCGCAAAGAUCUUCAAUUACGAAUCGUGGAAUUGGAAGCUCGACUUGCAAAAAGCGACAAGAGAAUCGCGGAUCUCUCGAAAUUAGUGACACGUCUCAACCAGUUUCGACAAAACGUGUUAGACUCGUUGGAAGAAAAUGAUCUUUCGGACUUCAAUAAUGCACGACAGCAACGGAAGGAAGCUGCUGCUGCGACUACAUCACAAAUUCUAUUAGACGACGAAACGGAGUAUUAUGAGGAUGAAUUUACCACUGCUAAUGCGGCGGCUGUUGGUGGUGGCACCGUUGCCGGUGGUGCGGAAAAUCGCCAUAUUUUUGAUAUGAGUGAAUUUGAAGAAUUCAGUGAUUCCAGAUCUGUUAGUCCCGCCACAGGAGAUAUGGACGAUUUAAGAAAUCCAUUUAAAAGAUAUAAAUCUAAUAUUCUCGCUUACCAUGCAAGAAUGCCAGUUACACGCGUUACGGAAAGUUCGACGAUACCUACAACGACAUCCACAAGCACAACAGUAUCAACCUCGACAACAGCUUCUUCAACCCCAAAAUCAAAAUAUUAUGAACCAGCAGCAGCAGCAACUGCAACUACUUCAGCAUUGUCAACACCAAUAAUAAAAUCUCAACAACAAGCUCGAUCGAAUGCACCAGCCUCAUCACCAUCUUCAGGAGGAAUUCGUGAAAUUACGGGUGGUAUCGCUGGUCUCGGUGUUGGUGCAGGUACAAAUGUUACAGGUAGUGGACAACGAAAAAAGAAUGUGACAUUUGCAUCUGAACGAAAAAAAUGGAAGAGCAGUAAUAUUGGUGGGAUUUCAAAACAAACGCAAUCUUCUAAUAACACAGUGGACGGUCGUGAAUUCUUUAGAAGAGCACGCGGAUUACUGACCAAUGAAGAAUUUAAUUCCCUAUUAUCAAAUGUUAAAGCAUACAAUAAUCGUCAACAAUCACGUCGACAAACUUUGGACAAUAUUCGCGGAUUGCUUGGAACUCGACAUCGUGAGCUAUAUGAGCAAUUUGUAAAAUUAUGGGAUUCAUAG